AUGAAGUGGUUAUUCAAAAUAUCAUCAGCGUUUAUCAUCUAUUUGUCCAUCUACUUGUAUGUAUUAGUGAUUCCUGAUAAGAAUUUAUUACAUAUAUUGUUUCUUUUAUUGCCCUUUGUUGGAAUAUUCGCAUUAGCUAUAUAUUCUAUCUAUUUCGUUUAUUUGGGAGUGGCAUCUCAUUCUUAUGAUGAUAGACUGCUACAGGAUCUUAUGAAGGACUUGGAUAGGGCGAGAAACUCACUAGAAUCAAGGGGGUUCAAAUUCACACGAAAAUAA